AUGUCUCUUCAGCCAACACCCAAACACCUCAUCAACCCUUCUAAAGAAGAAAUCGACAGAGCUGCCGACGUCCUCGCCAAAGCCUUUGCUCCUGAUCCGUUCACUCAAAUCGUAACAGGCGGCGACACCUCCCUCUCCUACGCCCAACUACGCGCCGGGAUCGCCUCUGCCGCAGUCGGAGGCGAUCUUCACGUCCUCGCACUCGGUCCAAACCCAGACGAUAUUAUCGGUGUAGCAGCCUGGUUCCCCCCAGGUACCAGUAUCAAUUCUACUCCCGAGCAACGCGCAGCGGGAUGGGACGAAUUCAUCAACAACGCGACGCCGACCUUGCGUGAAUGGUGGUUGAACUACUUCAUCCCCUCAAUGACAAAAUUCACAUCCACAACCCUCGGCGAGAACUACACCAAAAACGCAUGGCACCUCCACCUAUUCGGGGUUUUGCCCGAGUACCAAGGGAAGGGAUUGGGGAAGAUGUUGUACCGUUUUGCGGAGGAGCAGGCCAAACUCACAAAAUCAAACAUCGCACUCGAAACAUCAACAGACGUAGACGUCAUCAUCUACCAAAAGCUGGGGUUCAAAGUGCGGGGUGAGAUACCCAUCGUGAGCGAGGUGGGGAAGAAUAGGAUGGUGUUGAUGACCAAAGGGUGGGAGGAUAUUCAAUGA